UGUGUCGAUAAGCUCUGUUCCCCUCACCAAGGACUCAAGUUUUACUGUUCUUUUCUCUUCGCUUCUGAAGCUGACACUCUCUUAACAAAAUUACACACACUCACACACUGCUCAGUGCUCACUCACAGGGCGAAUCAAGUUUCAAUGGCGACUGAAGAAGUUGGUAAACCUGCUUCCCUCCCUCCAUAUCCGCAGAUGAUUGUCGAAGCCAUUGAUGCAUUGAAGCAGAAAGAGGGCGCAAACAAGUCAGCAAUAUCCAAAUACAUAGAAUCAAAGUAUGGAGAUUUGCCAGCCGGACACUCCACCUUACUCGCCGUUCAUUUAACCAGGAUGAAAGAAAGUGGUGAACUCGUUUUCUUCAAGAACAAUUACCAGAUGCCUGAUCCAACUGCCCCGCCCCGGAGAGGCCGUGGCCGUCCCCCGAAGCCGAAGGACCCUGCUGCUCAAGAGGCAGUGGCUUCACCACCGAGGCCUCGAGGCCGCCCAAAAAAGGACCCCAAUGCUGAGCCUGCACCUAAGAAGCCCAAGCCAGCAACUGCCCCGCCUGCUGUUUCGAAAACUGGAAGGCCUAGAGGUAGGCCUAGGAAGGUGCAGCCAUAGUCUGGUGCUCAAAAUGGGGGUGGCAUGGAAGAGAGCUGAAUUUGAAUAGGAAAAAUGGAAAGUAGAGUGGGGGAAGUGCUGGUUUUGUUGAUGAUGUUAACGUAAUUUUUUAGUUGAGUGGUCUUUUGAUUUGGAAGGAUGUUGUCUUUAGCGUUUAUGCGAUUGGUGACUUUGUAGUUUGGGUUUAGAAUGUUAGGUGGAUGUAAAUUAGUAUCAUUAUUGUUACUUGGGUUAAUUGAUGUUUGCUGUCUUUAGGAGUUAACUUAAAUGGUACGGUACGAAAAUCUGGUUGCUGCUAAUAUGCUUUGGAUGAUUAUGGUUUC